CCCACUUAGCAUCCGGGCAUUUCCAAAAUGGCUGCGCCCAGUGUACGUGCAUGCAGCCGGCUAGUAAUCAUUCACAGGAUACGGCACACUCCGAUAUUUUUGGGACAUACGUUAUGAAAUUUGAUAUUUCACUCCAAAGUACCGAACAAGAAAACAGUACGUUGUGGUUGCAGCGAUAACAACAAAAAUAUUCUUAACCUCAGUAAGACAAUUGACCAGAAUGAAUAAGUUCCGCAGAUUACUCGGGAAUCAAGGAAUGGUUGUGCUUUCUAAACCUGGCUUCACCUGGAGCAAGCUUUCAGCACUGCUGAGUAACACAACGCUUGGAUCUUUUGGUAUCAGCACAUCCACAAAUAUACAAUGCUUGUCAGCAACAGACCAGAAAAAAACACAACUGACACCUUAUAAUCCAAUCAGCGAGCUUCAGCCGUUUGUAGCUGUGCCUAUUAUACCAGAGGGAACCGCUUCUUUCAAUCCUGCAGAAUCUGAAAUAAAGUUUGCUUCAAAAUUCUUCACACCAAAAGAUGAAUCAUACAAGAUAAAGCAUAUAAAGACAGCUGCUGAGAUAGAUAAAUUACCCAAGUAUGAUAUUCCGGAGGUGGCGUUUAUUGGUCGGAGCAAUGUUGGGAAAUCCUCUUUGAUACACACCCUGUUUUCCAAAGCUCCAAUCACAGUUCUUAGAAAAUUAUCGGUGUCAUCCAAACCAGGGCGUACCAAGGCACUACAGUUGUACCAGGCAGGAGGGGCCUUCACACUGGUCGACAUGCCAGGCUACGGACAUAACAUGCCCUCCUACUUCGUAAACUGUGUGGAAACCUACUUUCAAAAAAGGACAAACUUGAAGGUGGUGUUCAUUCUGAUCGACUCUGAGAUAGGAUUGACUAGACUGGAUAAGGACAUGCUGGAGAAGUUACAUGGCUUCUCCACAGUUCACUGUUUGGUGUUGACAAAGAUUGACAAGGUUAACAGACACCAGUUAGUGAGGAACCUCAUGUCUGUGAUGAAUUACAGAGACGAGCACAGCAGAUUCUGCCUUCCACAGCCGUUCCUCGUCAGUGCCCACUCUGGUGCAGGGAUAGAACUGCUGCAGACAUUUAUCGCCUAUGUGACUGGUAAUAUGUUAGUGACCGGAUCAUGAUGAGGGAUACAGUGGCUGUAGACAGUCAUCCUCAAUGUGAUGGGCUUUCAGACACUGACCGGAUCAUGAUGAGGAACACAGUGGCUGGCUGUAGACAUUGUUGCCAACAUGACUGACUAUCAGACACUGACCGGAUCAUGAUGAGGAACACAGUGACUGAUUUGUUGAGUGUUUGACUGAAAGUUAUAUUUAAUUGUUGGUCGUGUUACUUGAAGUGUGAAAGUAAACCAUUAAUUUUGUACUACUCUCAUUAGAAACAGUAUAUACUGAAUAUCGGGAAACUUUCAAUGAGUCAAAUAUUUGCCCAUUACCAAUUAAAUCCAUAUUUGUCCAGUAUAAAUUUUACCUUUUACAUGUCAUUUCUAUUAAAGGGCAUGCUGUACACUUAUAUUCACCAUCAUGAUAAAUUUGUCUUCAUUGUGGAAAAUUAAAAAGGGUGAAAGUUAAACUGCCACAAAAAAAAUCCCAGUAGACAGUAUCCUGAUCAGUGUUAAAGCUGCAACAACCUCAAUCGUUUGAGGAUCUGAUGUUAUAACAGGACUGAAAACUCUGAAAAGUUACCGAUUCAAGCUUUAUGCUGAACAAGAUUUCUGGGUGAUAGGCUGUCACUGUGAGAAAACAUAAUAAAACCACUUGUUCAUAUA